CUCGUCAAUAAAUAUAACUUAAAACUCAAAAUCACAAUGAGCGUUUCCGAGAUCUCAGAGGAGGAGCUGUCGGCGCCUGAAGAGGAGGAGGACCUGGGACCCAACAUAGGACUCUAUAUAGGUGGCCGCAACGCGGCUGGCCAGAGACACGGCCGGGGCUGGGCUAUCUUGCCCAACGGGGACCAGUACGAUGGAAACUACCGCAAAGGACGGCGACAUGGCAUUGGACUAUAUGUGUUUAAGGACGGAUCACGAUACUACGGACAAUAUCGCUGCGGGAAGCGCUGCGGACGUGGCAUAUUCAUCUACCCGGAUGGAUCCGUGUACGAGGGCAACUGGCGCAAGCACCUGAAACAUGGCAAGGGUCGGUACAACUAUAUCAAUGGGGACACCUACUCCGGCGACUGGCACAAGGGUCAGCGUCAUGGUGUUGGCAUUUACACCUUCAAGAGCGGCCCCGAUGCCUGCUGCAUGUCCGUCAGAUUGAAGUCCACCUGGAACAGUAACAUACGAAUGGGACCUUUUGAGUUGUAUAUCGGCAAUGAUGACAAGUGCACCGUCCUCCACGGUAUCUGGGAUACCCUAUAUCCGAGUGGGCCCGCGGUCUUCAGCUUCAAUAAUCGAUAUAUGCUGGUGGGCUACUUCCUGCCGGCCAAUUACAACUUUAAGGCAAUUGGCGAAGACGGCGAGAAUGAAGGAACAUAUGAGGAUGAGGAUGGAAACGUUUUAGAGACACCCAUGGAUCCAACUCUAUGGUUUGCCCAGGAUAUAGCCGUUUAUGACUUUGCUGUGCUGCCCCAAGAGCCGGUGCCGCUGGCCAUUUCCGAUUCCGAGCUCUCCGUCUGCUCCUUGUCCACGAUGCCAAGUGCUGAAAGCGAGGAGAAGAUCAGUUGGUAUGGCGAGGGAGAGGAGGCCGAGGGCGAGGAAGGUGGCGAAGUAGAGUGCUUCCCGUGCGAGUGCGAGUACGACCUCAGCGAAGUGGAGACCGAGAGCGAGGUGUGCAAGAUUGAUGCCAAUCCGUGCGCCAUAGAGAUCCUUAAGCAGCCCGAGUGCCCCGAGCCCUAGGUCGGGGUCUUUUCCUUCGGCCAGUUUUCUAACGUUUUUGUUGCUAUUUCUGUUAAAGAGUAAAUAAAUCAUAAAUCAAACAUAUUAA